CAAAGAGCAUCAGAUCAGAUCAGCCCACCGAAAUAAACAACAACAUGCAUACCCAUAACCUCUAGCAGAGGCAGCAGCAUCCUGAAUUCAGAAGACUAUCUAUCUCGUACCUGCACGCAAUCUCCUACCCCACACCACCACCACCACCACCACCACCCCACUAUUCUUCUUCACCAUCGCAACUCCAAAAAAAACCUCAACCUCAACCUCACCCCUCACCACCCAACCAACCAAAAGCAAUGACCUCCACCGGAGGAAUCACAGGAGAAACCUCAGGAGGUUUCCUCCCCCCAACCCUCCCAUCCCCCGCCCCCUCCACCCCACGACCAAGCACGCCCUCCCUCCUCCCCAAACCGCGCACGCAUCCUCUGCGCGCAGGGUCCGCCAAAGAAGCAACCGUGAUUAAUCACAUCGAUACGACAUUACUGAGGAUUUCGCGCCGACACGCAAAGAAAUUCAGUAGUGCUUAUUACAAGCCUACUGAUGAUGGUGAUGGAUUCAACUCCAAUGCGACGACGGGUUAUUCCCCGGAGUCGUUCGAACCUCGGAGGGAGGGAGAAGGAGAGGUGCAGGGCUAUGAAAGCUUCAAGGAAGUAGCGAGGGAUUUGGAGGGUUUGGUGGAUGUGCUUUGGGUUAGUGGGACGCCAUCCCUCCAAAUCCCCUACCUCAUCUCCCUAGCCAUCCAAGUCAACUCCUAUCUGCCCGAGUAUCCCUUCUCAGCGGCGCCUACGUUCCGCUUACUGCGGAAGUUGGAUGAGGUGUUUGCGGAGCUUUUAGGUGGUGGUAGUAGUGGUAACGGGGAGAAGAAGAGUGUGGUGUCUAUGACGGAGAAGGUGCGGAUUAAGAGUAUUGCCGAGUCGUGUCGGGUGUUGGUUGUUGAGAAGAGAGAGAAGGAGAUUGAGGAUGCUAAUGGGGCAGAGGAUGAUGAUUAUGAUGAGGAUGAGGAUGAAGAGUUCGAGGAUGUCUAUGGGGAUGCGAAUAAAUUGGAGGAUUAUAUGCCUGUUCCUGGGAAGUGGGAGAUGGAGACGGCCAAGGUCUAUGAGAGGACGAUUCAGUUGUUGGGCGAUGAGUUGGGGAAUGUGGGUGAGUUUUGUGAUGAGGAUUUGGCCGCUGGGGAUGGUGCGGUUUGUGAUACGGGGGAUUUUGUGGUUGAGUUGGAGGAGGAGGAUGAUGAUGAUGAUGAUGUUUGAUAUCUAGCUUCUGUACUUUUGGUUGGUUUGAUGGGAUGUGGUGUUGUGUGUAUGGGGUGGAUAUGGUGUUUAUGGGCAGUACUAGUUAUCAGGGGUCUAUGGCGUUGAGGACAUUGAGGAUACUUGGUUUGUUGGUCUUAUAUCUGAUAUCAAGGGUGCAUGACAAGUGCUUGGAGUCAUACUUUGUUUGGUUCUAUCAUUCACUAGUCGCUAUCACCUAGCUCAACACUCCUCUCUAACUACCACAAUAUACUACACCA